AGGGACUCAGAACCCCCGGAGCUGCAGGAGGGGGGGGGGGUUACCUGCGGCUCCUCCAGGGCCGCGCCCCCGCCCAGGUGUUCCGGCAGCACCGCGGGGCCUUCAAGGCGCAGGUGAGCACCCUCCUGACCGUGCUGCCACCGCCCAGGGUCCGCUGCCGGCAGGUCACCGUGUCCGGGAAGUACCUGACGGUGCUCAAAGUGCUGAACGGGAGCUCCCAGGAGGAGAUUUCCCUGUGGGAUGUGCAGAUCCUGCCCAACUUCAACGCCAGUUACCUGCCCGUGAUGCCCGACGGCUCCGUCCUGCUCGUCGACGACGUCUGCCACCACUCUGGGGAGGUGUCCGUGGGGACCUUGGGGACAAC